UCACAGCAGAAAGGCAGCAUCCAUCAUGAGCAACUACGUCUCUCGCACUUCCUCCAUGUCGGUUCGGCGCUCAAGUGGCUCCUUGAUAGGCAUCGGUGCUGAGCAGAGGUCAAGUGGUGGCACCGUGUAUGGAGGAGCAGGAGGCAGAGGCGUCAAGAUCUCCUCUGCCAUAGGUGGAGGCGGCUACAGCAUGGAUGACAGCCUCAUCGGCAAUGAGAAGUUCACCAUGCAGAACCUCAACGACCGCCUGGCCAACUACCUGGCAAAGGUGCGCUCCCUGGAAAAGGCCAACGCCGAGCUGGAGCUGAAGAUCAGGCAGUAUCUGGACAGUAAGGUCGGUCCCAGCACCAGGGACUACAGCGCCUUCUUCGCCACCAUCGCUGACCUCACUGCCAAGAUUCAGGCCGCCAUCAAGGUGAACGGAGCGAUUCACCUCAGCAUCGAUAACGCCCGCCUGGCCGCAGACGACUUCAGGACCAAGUAUGAGAACGAGUUGGCCUUGCGUCUGUCGGUGGAGGCCGACAUCGCCGGCUUAAAGAGAGUUCUGGAUGAGCUUAACCUAGCAAAGAACGACUUGAACAUGCAGAUCGAGGGCCUGAGAGAGGAGCUCCUCUUCCUUAAGAAGAACCAUGAGGAGGAGCUGCUAGCGAUGAGAGCUCAGAUGAGCGGUCAGGUCCAGGUUGAUGUGGAAGCCACUCCAGGGCCAGACCUCACCAAGAUGAUGGAAGAAAUCAGAGAGCAGUACGAGACCAUCGCUGCAAAGAACCAGAAAGAGCUGGAGAUCUGGUUCAAGACCAAGUCGGAGACUUUGAGCAAGGAGGUGGUCAUCCAGACGGAGACCCUGCAGACGUCCAAGACAGAAAUCACAGAGCUCAAAAGGACGAAGCAGUCACUGGAGAUCGAGCUGCAGGCCGCGUUGGGCUUGAAAGCGUCACUAGAGGGAACUCUGGCUGAGACACAAAGCCGGUACGCCAUGAAGCUCUCUGGAUACCAGAUGCAGGUGACCCUUCUGGAGGAGCAGCUGGUGCAGCUGAGGGCCGAUCUGGAGAGACAGGCCCAGGAGUACAAGAUGCUGCUGGACAUCAAGACCAAACUGGAGGCGGAGAUUGCAGAAUACAGGAGGCUGCUGGAUGGAGAGGCCAGCAGCAGCAUCUCCACAACCUCAACCUCAUCCAGCAAGACAACCAAGCGCAUAGUGACAGUGGUGGAGCAGGUGGUUGAUGGGCAGGUGGUCUCCUCCUCCUCCUCCUCCUCCACCACCACCUCCACCUCUUAGACCGCCUGAGCUGCUGCUGGGGCUGUCAGCCGGUCACCAUCGCCAUCAUCAUCGUUCACUGAUGUUAAGAAUGAUGUAUAAACAAUAAAGCAAGAGUCCAAAUAA